UCACGUGUUGUCAAUCAGUUUCUGUCCGCCUUUAAGGCCAGAGGUUUAGUCCUCUUGAUAUUGAAGACGUAUUGUAAUUUUCUCGCAGUUUGCACUACAUGCGUAAAAAUUUAAAAGGCCACUCUUAGUGUUAUUCGUCUGUGUAAAGUAUUAUUUAAAUUUAGUUAGUUGUAGUUCUUAUUUUCUUAUAUUCAGACCACAAGUGGUGAUCUAGUGCAAGAGUACCUGUAAAUUGUAAAGAAUAAAGGGCAUCAGCAAACAUUAUUCGAAAGAUGGAGGCCAAGUUCUUGAUUACUGUAGAUCAUCAUCUAGACAUGGGAAAAGAUUACAAUCUGAUGGACAAUAUACCUAUUAUAGCAAACAGUUGCCCUUCAUUGGAGAAGAUAAUUAUCAUUCCUUCAAAAAAGGAAACAAAAACCAAAGGAGUAUCACAUAUUAGAAACAGUUACUUCCUCGAAGAUUUUCUGAAUAGUGGACGGAAUCCAGAUGGCACUGUUCCGGACAUAAUUUUCGAACAGCUCCCUUUCAGUCAUCCCGUAUGCGUCUACUUCACUUCCGGCACCACUGGCCUUCCUAAAGGUCCAGUGCAUUCGGCAGGGGUGAUGAUCACUCAUUUCAAAAACAUUGCUCUUCAUUACAAUUUGAGAAGCGGAGACGUCGCUUUGUCACCAUAUCCGAUGGGAUGGACUAUUUGGGGAAGUCUAAUACCUUGCAUUGCACUAGGAGUCAAACUCAUUCUGUAUUGCGGUAGCCCUUAUUAUGUAAAGGACGGACGUAACAUAUGGGACAUCUUCUCUCAGUACAAAGUUAAAUAUGCCCUUCUUGUUACCAGUAUUUUAGAUAAACUAGAGAAACUUCAGAUUGUGCCACGUCCAGAGUUAAAUUUAGAGCACUACCAGGUUCAACUUACCGCAGGAAGUCCUGCCAAAAUGCAAAAUUUUCAUUUCAUCCAUGAUAAGGUUAAAAAGGAUGUAUUUUUCGGCAGUCAAUAUGGAUCCACAGAAUCGUUCGGAUGUAUCUCAGGAUUCGACUUAAACUUACCUUCUUAUGCUGGAGAAAUUCAAGCCCCUGCUCUUGGAAUGGAUGUCCGAUGUGUUGACAAAAAUGGUUGUUUUGUUAUUGGAGAACGAGGCGAAGCGGUCAUAGCAACUCCUGCACCCAACUUUCCCCUUUGUUUGUGGAAGGACGACAACAACAGAAUACUAAAAGAAACUUAUCUCACCAAAUAUCCAGGCGUCUGGUAUCAAAAUGAUGAAUGUUGGGUCAACCCAAAGACGAAAGGACUGAUUGUCAUUGGAAGAAGUGACGACACUCUAAUACAAAAUGAUGACCGAUUUGGACCUGGUGAUGUAUACUUUGCAAUUCAUGAGAUGGAAGAGAUUCUUGAUUAUAUAUGUGUGAGUCAGAGUAGAAGUGAUGGUGACUCAAGAGCUGUUCUGUUCGUCAAGCUAAAAGAGGGCAGCAAAUUUACACCAGAGCUCAAGGAAAAGAUCUCAAAGACCAUAGAAAGGGAAUUGUGCAUCGACUGCGUCCCAAAAGUCAUUCUAGAGGCUCCGGAUAUACCUUACAACGUGAACAACAAGAGAAUGGAAGGAGUUGUCCGGCAGAUUGUAGCUACGAAUGAAGUUCCUCAAGUCAACAACAUCAAGAAUCCGGACUGUUUGAAAUAUUUUUGCGAUAUUCCAGAACUAGUAAAUUAUGACAAGUGAAGAAACGUUUCGAAGUCCACCUCUUAGGCGUAACUUAAGUGCUAUCUUGCACUAUUUAUUUUAGGUUUGACUUAAACUAUAUUCUACGUGUUAGUUUCCACCGCAAGUUAACAGUGCUUUUGUAACGCACAAAUACCGUGCGUUUCUGUUAACUAUUUUGAAUUAAUAAAGGGUUCUUUUU